UGAUGCCCGUGCUUGCGUCGACUUUUUGACGGACUGAUGCUAGCGCGACAAGGAGUCCAGUCCCAACGUCUUUCGUGCCCUCGGCUGCUAAUGUCGAUAUGCCUGCUCCUGUUGCUUGCUUGCUUGCUUGCUUGCACUGCCGCUCGUACAGUACAGCAGUUUGUAGGAGUAGCUGGUACCCGGAUAAGCGAGUCGUUACUCGUACUCGUUCUUUGUCCCAAGUCUUGCAAGUGUCCCGUCGACUCGGCAAACACUACAGACGAAGAGGAGGACAAACAAGGCCCAGGACGGCACGCGACGAGUACAUGGGCAUGGAGAUGGGGUACAUGAAU